AUGAAGAGUGACUGGUCCAAUGAGCAUCCUCCAGAGUUCAGUAAUGAACCUGGACCCUCAGACACAAAAGAGAGGAAGAGGAGGGCCGUUUCUGUGGAGGAGCAGCUGUCCUGCUGUUCUUUGUGUCAGAACGUCCUGAAGGAUCCAGUCUCUACCAGCAGUGGACACUGGUUCAGGAGACUCCUCAGGUCCAUCACCUCAUACUGGGACCAGUCUGCUUCAUCAGGAGACUCCUCCUGUCCCCAGUGUGCAGAAAGAUCCAGAACCAGACCUGGACUGCAGACAGACAGUCAGAUCAGCACUGUACAAACAGAAAGUGGUCUGCUGGAGCUUUUAGAUGAACAUCAUAUCAGUCUGAGCAGCACAUGUGAAUGUGUGAGUCAAGGAACUGAUGAAGCAGGAAGUGAAAUCCUCCUCAUCAGCAUCUUCACUGAGGUCCACAUCAUAGAGGGACAGAGUGAAGAGGUUAAUACCCAACAUGAGGUGUGGCAGCUUGAAACAGCUUCCAAGAUGAAGACCCUCCUUGACGCUCCAAUCAAGUGUCAGGACAUCUUUAAAGUCUUACCUGACCAACAGAAACCCAUCAGAGUGGUUCUGAUGAACGGCGUCGCUGGCGUUGGAAAAACCUUCUCAGUGCAGAAGUUCACUCUGGACUGGGCGCAGCGCUCCGAAAACCAAGAUAUCAGUCUGCUGAUUCUGUUCUCGUUCAGGGCGCUGAACUUGAUCAAAGAUAAGAAAUACAGUCUGCUCACGCUGAUCCAUGUUUUCUAUCCAACAUUACAGAAGCUCACAGCAGAGAAGCUCGCUGUCUGUAAAGUUCUGUUCAUCUUUGACGGCCUGGAUGAAAGCAGACUUUCACUGGAUUUCAACAACAGUGAGGUCGUGUCUGAUGUCACACAGAAGACAUCAGUCAGCGUGCUGUUGACAAACCUCAUUGAGGGAAAGCUGCUUCCCUCGGCUCUCGUCUGGAUAACUUCCCGACCUGCAGCAGCCAAUCAGAUCCCUCCUUCAUGUGUGGACAGGGUAACAGAAGUACGAGGCUUCACUGACCCCCAGAAGGAGGAGUACUUCAGGAAGAGAUUGAGUGAUGAAGAGCAGUCCAGCAAAAUCAUCUCACACAUCAAGGCAUCCAGGAGCCUCCACAUCAUGUGUCACAUCCCAGUCUUCUGCUGGAUCACUACUACAAGUCUGGAGGACAUGUUGACUACAGACCAGAGAGGAGAGCUGCCCAAGACCCUGACUGAUAUGUACUCACUCUUCCUGGUGGUUCAGAUGAAGAGGAAGAAGAACAAGUACAAUGGGGGACAUGAGACGAGUCCACAGGAGCUAAAGAAGGCUGAAAGGAAACUUCUUCUGAAGCUGGGGAGGCUGGCGUUUCAACAGCUAAUGAAAGGAAACAUCAUGUUCUACCAAGAAGACCUGGAGCAGUGUGGUCUUGAUGUCACAGAGGCUACAGUGUUAUCAGGAUUUUGUACACAGAUCUUCAAAAGAGAGAAUGUGAUCUUCAAGAAAGAAGUCUACAGCUUUGUCCAUCUGAGUGUUCAGGAGUUUCUGGCUGCAGUCUACAUGUACCACUGUUACAUCAGCAGGAACACAAAGGUACUGGAGGACUUCCUGGGACAAGACUACAGUGACUCAUCUCUGGAUGUCUUCCUGAAGGGAGCCGCAGAGAAAUCUCUCCAAAGUAAAAAUGGCCACCUGGACCUGUUUGUUCGCUUCCUUCAUGGCCUCUCUCUGAAGUCCAACCAGAGUGUCUUAGGAGACCUGCUGGAUCAGACAGAGAACAGUCCAGAAACCAUCCAGAGAGUCACCAACAACCUGAAGAGGAUGAACACUGAGGAUAUCUCUCCUGACAGAAGCAUCAACAUCUUCCACUGUCUGAUGGAGAUGAACGAUGGCUUAGUACAUCAGGAGAUCCAAGAGUUCCUGAAGUCAGAGAACAGAUCAGAGGAACUCUCUGAGAUCCACUGCUCAGCUCUGGCCUACAUGCUGCAGAUAUCACAGGAGGUUCUGGAUGAGUUGGACCUGGAGAAUUACAACAUAUCACUGGAGGGACGACAGAGACUGAUCCCAGCUGUGAGGAACUGCAGAAAGGCUCGACUUUCUCGCUGUUAUGUCACAAAGACUCACUGUGAAGUUGUGGCCUCAGCUCUGAAGACCAACCCCCAUCUGACAGAUCUGGACCUGAGCUACAACGUCCUGUAUGAUCCAGAGAUGAAGUUUCUGUGUGCUGGACUGGAGAGUCCAAACUGUAAACUGGAGACUCUGAGAUUGUGGGGCUGCAGUUUGUCAGAGACCAGCUGUACUUCUCUGGUCACAGUUCUGAAGUGCAACCCCUCCCAUCUGAGAGAGCUGGAUCUGAGUAAAAACAAGCUGCAGGAUUCAGAUGUGGAGCUGCUUUGUGAUUUUCUGAAGAGUCUAGACUGUAAACUGAAGACACUUGAAUUGAAUGAGUGCAGUUUGUCAGAGACCAGCUGUGCUUAUCUGGCCUCAGCUCUGAAUUGCAACCCCUCCCAUCUGAGAGAGCUGGUUCUGAGUAACAACAAGCUGCAGGAUUCAUUGAAACUGCUGUCUGAUCUUCUGAAGAAUCCAGCCUGUAGACUGGAGGCUCUGAGAUUGUGGCGCUGCAGUUUGUCAGAGACCAGCAGUGCUUCUCUGGUCUCAGCUCUGAAGGACAACCCCUCCCAUCUGAGAGUGCUGGAUCUGAGUAACAACAAGUUGCAGGAUUCAGUCGUGCAGCUGCUUUGUGAUCUUCUGAAGAGUCUAGACUGUAGACUGAAGCGUUUGAGAUUGAGGGACUGCAGUUUUUCAGAGAUCAGCUUUGCUUCUCUGGUCUCAGCUCUGAAGUACAACCCCUCCCAUCUGAGAGAGUUGGAUCUGAGUAACAACAAGCUGCAGGAUUCAGGAGUGGAGCUACUGUCUGAUCUUCUGAAGAGUCCACGCUGCAGACUGGAGACUCUGAGACUGAUGGACUGCAGUUUGUCAGAGAUCAGCUGUGGUUAUCUGGCUGCAGCUGUGAAGUGCAACCCCUCCCAUCUGAGAGAGCUGGAUCUGACUUACAACAACCUGAAGCAUUCAGACGUGAUGCUGCUGUCUGAUCUUAAGAAGAGUCCACGCUGCAGACUGGAGUUUCUGAGCUGGUGAUGAUCUCUGUCAGAGUGAGAGUGAACAUCCAGGAGUGUUGAGAGAGGAUCAGCUGGAUCCUGAUGAUGCAUCUGGAGUCUGGAUCUGGAUUUUGUCGUCUUCACUUAAGUCUCUUAACUGACUCCAAACUGAACAGUUAUCUCUGGAUUUAGCUGAAGUCAGCACUUUACAGAUGAGUUGUACAUGAGCUGUUUGAUGCAGAACAGUUUUUCUGUGUGUAAACAUUAAAGGUGUCUAGCUUUUAUAUGCUAAAUGAAUAUUUUAUGUCUCAGAACAAUAUAUAACAAGUAAUUUACACCAAAUUGUAAAUUAAAACACUGGUCAAUCAAUCAGGCGUCUUCAACAAUAAGUUUAUAAAUUAAAUUUGUUGGUGAGAUCAUGUGACUCAGGCCUAUCAAAUCGCAUCCAUUACAUCUUUUUUUCUACAUUAGUGCAGCAUCUUGCAUGUAUAGCACAACACUGCACACAGCCAGAAUGAUGAAAACAUGAAAAACAUGAAAUGUAUCUUUACGGUCCAACUCAUCUCCAGCUGAACCUCCUGUUGACUGAUGUGUCCUUACAGCUCUUUGUAUUAUAUCUCUGCCAUCAGCAGGUUAAACACAUCAAGCAUUCAAUAAAUUAAGCCAUGUUUUGCAUGAAUACAGCUCGUUGUUCUCUAACUUCACACUGAGUGGAGGGAAAUGAAUUAGUGUUGUUAAUCAGCACAGAUAAAUAUGGAGCCUGGUCUUUGCUGUCAGGGCUCUAAUCAACCUGUUUGAUACGUGUUUAUCUUCAUUUAAAUCACUUUUUAAAACUCAUCUUUAUCCACUGAUCUACCAGUUAUUUAGUUUUAUAUGCUUUACAUCUUAAAUUUGAUUCUUUUGUGUGUUUUUCAGGUUUAUUUUCUUGCUGUAUGUUUGUUAGUUUUGUGUAAAGCGUUGUGUAACAUUGCUUUGGGAAGUUUUAUACACAUCUGAAGGGAAGGUGGUGGGAUGAUGGUGAUACUAAACAAAGACCACAUUCUAAUGUGGAGCUUCAGCUUCAUGUAUAACAUAUCUUUCUACUGUAGUUAUUUUUCUGUCUUUGUUUAUAAAUGAAUCAUAUUUGAUUGAAUCUGUGUUCUUUGUUUCCAGGACAGAAUUGUGUAAUUUGAUGAUAUUCAUAGAUUUCUAUUUCCACAUGAGUUAAUAUUUAUUAAUCAGUCAUUUAUUAUUGGAAACUAUAUUCUCAUAUAUCUAUAAUUGUAUGUUUGCAUGUUUGCCUGAGCUGCUGUGAACUGACUAAAUGUCUUUAUUUGAUCUAUAAAUUAGUGCUAAUGUAUUUGGUUCUUUGGUUCUUUCCAGGAAAUUUGCUGACUUUAGAUUAUCUGUUUUCUUUACUGUUAAACUUAAUUGCUGAACUCAAGUACAAUAUUCAAAUAAGGAAACAACGCCAUCAAGUGAUGAGAGAAGAAAACAUCAAUUCAUACAGACACAACACACGAGGAGAAAUAAAUACAUGAAAAAAAUAGAGAAAAAUGAAGAUUAAGAGGAAAACUGCUCAUCAGUGUUUGUCCAAAACUUGACAUAUAAAAGAAACAACUCCAAUAAAUCCUUCAUAAAAUACACAAACUACUACACAACAAAGAUUCAAUGUGAGAGAAGACGCGAUGCAGCUCAGAAAUAUCUACAGUA